CUAAAUAUUUAAUAUUUAGUGUUUAUGUAUAAAGUACCUAUGUACGCACUUAACUUAAAGUAAAAGUGUGAUAUUUUAAAUAUUUUUAUAUAUUAAACGGAAUUGAAUAAUAUUCUAUAAGAUUUAAUAUCUUUUAGACAACUUUUAAAAUUUCAAUCUGUGAAUCAUCGAAGGUUCUUAAAAUAUAAAAAAUAAUUGAGACCAUAAUUUUAUAUUUUGAAAAUGGAACUCCAAGACACUUAUUACAAUAAAUCGGAAUAUGUAGAAACUGCCUCCGGUAAUAAAGUAAGCCGACAAACAGUGCUCUGUGGCUCUCAGAAUAUUGUUUUACACGGUAAAGUGAUCGUACAAAGUGAUGCCAUCAUAAGAGGAGAUUUGGCUAAUGUUAAAACAGGUAGAUUUUGUAUAAUCAGCAAAGGCUCCGUGAUACGACCUCCUUUUAAAAAAUUCAGCAAAGGAGUCGCAUUUUUUCCCUUGCAAAUGGGUGAUCAUGUUUUUGUUGGGGAGAACACUGUUGUGAAUGCAGCUGUUGUAGGCUCAUACGUUUACAUUGGAAAGAAUGUUGUUAUUGGAAGGAGAUGUGUGCUCAAAGACUGCUGCAUGAUUGAAGACAACUCAGUUCUACCUGCAGAGACUAUUGUCCCUUCUUUUGCAAGGUAUUCAGGAAGCCCAGCACACCUGAUCACUACAUUACCAGAAGCAAUGCCCGAUCUGAUGACAGAGUUUACAAAGAGUUAUUAUCAGCACUUCUUACCAACUACAGCUUAAGGAUAAAUUGAACAUUUUUACUUUCACCUAAUGCCUGUUUAAUGAUAUUUAUUUAAUUUAAAUAAAAGUAUUAUUUACUC